UAAAACUCGUGGUGUAGUCAUGUGUAGUCGUGCAUGUACAAGUCGACUUGAUUCAAAGAAGUACCCAAACUAUUUUGCUCUUGCAAGACGUAUUUCGGCCUACCCGAUUCUGCCCUUUCCAUAAUUCGCCCAGAUAAGGUCGAACAACGACUCCAAUCUCUAUUCUGCGCUUCAAAGUCUUCGAUAGUAGCGAAGUCCUCUUUGUUGAGUGGCAGUAGAGCCCUUUUUCUGAAACUAAUAGCUGCUGGAUCGGGUUUCACCAUUUCGGUUCAUUGUGAAGCACUUCGUGGCUUUCGCCGCUGGGACCGCCUGUAAUUGAAUAUCGCGGAGGUCAAGCAGAGACGAGUGGGACGGUGUCGACCGCCAACUCGGACUUUGGCUGGUUCGACUUGUGUUUCCUCCGUCAUCGAUCGCUGAGCAGGGAGAAACGCCAAAAUGAUGAAGCGAGCCACGUCGCAUGUUUGUACAUUCCUGCUGGUGAUCAGCGUCGUUUUCAUCCAGAAGCAUGGCGUCCAGGGUCAAGACUGCUCGAGUGCCCGCACUUGCUCCCAAUGUCUGGAUACCAGUGUGGCGUGUCAGUGGUGCGCAGAUGAGACGGAGGAAUGGAGAUUGAGCCAGCGCUGUCAGUCAUCGUUCAGCGCAGCCAAGCCGUGUACGUCGAUUCUAAACCCGGCCAGUGCAGUCAUGAUCACUAAGGAUGAUGCGUUCGCAAAUGAAGUGCAGGUUCGUCCACAGCGUGUAUCGGUCAACCUCAGACCAUAUGAUAGUGUCAGCAUCAAGGCCAAAGUGAAGCCGUCCAGGAACUAUCCGCUGGAUGUGUACUAUUUGAUGGAUCACUCGUUCUCCAUGCGAGACGAUCUGGACAAUAUGAAGAAGUUUGCCUCCAGCAUCGCUGCCAGCAUCAACAACCUGACGACCGGAUAUCGUCUGGGAUACGGCUCGUUUGUGGACAAGCCGAAAAUGCCAUUUGUUGCUGAAACCCCUGUCAGUGCGAUGGCGCCGUGUCCGAAUUGCAAGGUUCCCUACUCGUUCGCCAACUCCCUCCAGCUGACCAACGAUGCAGCGCGAUUUGAUAGUGCUGUUCAAGCUGAUGUGAUCUCCGGCAACCUGGAUCAUCCGGAAGGCACUCUGGAUGCCAUUGUCCAGGCGGCUGUCUGCACGAGCAAUGUCGGCUGGAGGCAGAACUCACGCCGUGUUCUGCUUGUAGCCACCGAUGCUGCAUCUCAAGUGGCCGGCAUUGGAAAACUUGUCGGCACUACACACCCCAACCCUGGUACCUGCUACACCGACCCGACAGACUUUCUAAAAUACGACUUCCCGUCAAUCAGCUUUGUCUCACACAUAAUCCAGAGGGAACGUAUCUUGCCCAUUUUCCUGAUCGCUGAGGAAGUACCACGGAGCUGGUGGAGGAGUGCGAUCGCUGGCUUGAGGGACACUGGUGCAAGCCUGCUGCAGUUGAGUAAAACUUCAGACAACGUACUCACGCUGCUCGAAGACGAGCUUCGUAGGUUGGUGAGAGUGGCUCGCAUCGUGGUUCUUCCGCAAACGGGGGUGAACAUCUCUGUCAGCGCUACAUGUCCAGGUGGCGUGCCAGCGGUGACAGAUCCAGACACCGGCUUUAUGCAAUGCACUAAUCUAGACUUUGACAAGAUCGCUGAGUUUGAUAUCACACUGACAGGUCUGAAGUGCAGUAACCUGGGUCCAACAAAGCAGAUUGUGGUACGUCUUGUAGGAUACGGUGACAUCACUGUGGACCUGUCACCCUACUGCCAGUGUUCCUGCGAGACAACUCCGAUGGCCAACUCAGACUUCUGUUCCAAGCAAGGCAGUAGCCUGUGUGGUGUGUGCAGCUGCAACCCAGGAUUCAGAGAUAAGCAGUCCAACGUCUCACGGUGUGAUUGCAACACGCUGGAUCAAACACCUUGCAUUCAAUCACUAGGCAGUCCUGUAUGUGGUGGUCGUGGCGAGUGUGUCUGCCAGCAAUGCCAGUGCGGCAAGCCAGCCGGUGCAACGAUUCCUGACGCUGCUUAUUCCGGGAAGUUUUGUGAAUGUGAUAACUUCAACUGCCCGCUCUCUGAUACGGGAGCCAUCUGUGGAGGUCCUGCUCAAGGUUCCUGUGUGUGUGGCAAGUGUCAAUGCAAGGCUGACUACACUGGGUCCAACUGUGGCUGUCCACUGUUGGCGGACACGUGUAGACAAACACCCGGGGCUGAGCCAUGCAGUGGUCGUGGAUCAUGCAUGUGUGGUGAAUGCACGUGCCAGAGAGAUUAUGAUGGAGCUUACUGUGAGAAGUGCUCCGAGGCUGAGACACCCUGUGACAGAGCGGCAAGGUGCUUCAACUGUUCGCAAGCCAGCGAGGGCAAGUGUGCAGCAGACUGUCCUGGUGUCAAUCCUACCUAUAGCGAAGAAGACAACCCCACUGUCAAUGGUAAUCCCGCUCUACAAUGCCUGACACCAUCGCCGUACACAAUCUCCCUGGACAAGUGCUCCGUCAAUCAGUUCUACACUGAUUUCACAUUUGUCAGUGAUGGAGGUUGCACUCUGAAGUUCUCCCCAUUUGUGGUUAAAGCCUGUACAGAAGCUCAGGAAGUCAACUACGUGCCGCUAACGGUCGCACCGGCUCUGGCCCUGCUUGCCGUGGCUCUGAUCGCUCUCAUCCUACUCAAGGGUGUCUGCUAUUACAGGGACCAUGUUGAGUACAAGAAGUUCAUGAAGGAAGUGAAACGCUCGCAAAACCAGGGCAACGAGGUGAAUCCAAUCUUCAAUCCCGCCCGCAAGGUCUACGUCAACCCGGAGUACCAGGGAGAACACGAGAAGGAGAGAAACGGUGUGGAUAGCAAGCGUUACGACUUCUAAGCCUACUGCUACGACUUCUAAGCCGAGCUGUGAUGUUAAUAUUAGACUAGUGCUAUGAUUUCUAAGUUCAGUAUUGCACUAUCUAAGUCUAGCAGCGAUGCAUGCGUUGAGACUAUUUCUAAGGUUGAAGAAGGGCAAGUUGGAUUGUCUUGAUCAAGCAGAACAUGAAUGCAGGCCGUCUGAUUGGAGUGCAGGCACAGCUGCGCCGACUGCUGCUCCAUCCGAACAUUGCUAGGAUCUGCCUUGCGUGCCUUUAUCUUCCUUUCUCGGAUAUUUGCUAUUGAUGAGACUAACUAAAACAUUACGGCACCUUCUUACUACUACACCAAGCAGCUAGGUAGGUGUCACCAGUGUAACUGCAUGCUGCUUGGAAUGCUUGGUAUGCUUGGUAUGGGCCGGGCUGCUGUGUUGCAUGCCUGCUCUGGUCCAAUUCAUGAUUAUACAUAUUUCGGAAUUCCGGAUGUGUUUUCGCGUAAUGUAGUUAGAUACCUUCUUUUCCAUUAAAUUACAUUUUAAUUUCCAUCAA